AUGAAGACUGAUGCAAAUAAUUCAUUUAGCUUCUCAGCAACAGCUUUGUCUUCCUGGAUUGCUCCUUUAGCACCUUUUUCACCCAGUAGCCCUGCUAACUGUUUGGCAGGCUUCCUGCUUCUGAUGUACUUAAAAAACAUUUUGCUGUUACUUUUUGUGUCCUUAGAUAGAUGCUCUUCAUUUCUUGGCCUGCUUUAUUACACUUUUACACUUGACUUGCCUGAAUUUAUGCUCCUUAUAUUUUCCUCGGUAGGAUUUGAUUUCCAAUUUUUAAAGGAUGCUUUUUUGCCUUUAACUGCCUCUUUUACGCUGCAUUUUUCAGUCUUCUUACUGUUUGUUUGUUUUUAAUUGUGGGGUAUGCAUUUAGUUUGAGUCUCUAAUACGUUUUUUUUAAAUAGUCUCCAUGCAAUUUGCAGGCAGUUCACCCUUGUGACUGCUUCUUUUAAUUUCCAUUUAACUUGGUUUCUUAUUUUUGUAUCGUUCAGAGAAUUUAAGCUAUGCCCACUGAUAACCAAAGCCACUAUAUACUCGCAUUGCUGUAACCCUUCUCUCUUCUCCCAAUAUUCAGUACCUUCCUUGUGAAGUCGUGAUAAAGGGCCCAAUCCUGGAAACCUGUGCUCGUGGGAUUACUUAUGUGAAUAAGGGGGUUGCAGAAGUAGCCCCUUUGCACCCAGUUGUACUCCCAUUUCAGUCAAUAGGGAUGUUCCCACUGACUUCAGUAAGAGCAUGAUUGGGCCCUCAUGCUACUAUGUGCUACCCUGGUGUACACUACCUUUAAUGCAGUGACUGCAGAUUUACACAGGUGUAAAUGAAAUCCAGCUUUGUUUGCCCUUUGGUCUCCUUUUUGUGUGGAAGGCAUCAUGCACCUUAUGUCAGCGUGUAAAUAACAAUAAAAUCCUGCCUGGCUAUGUGCGGUUUCCACAGACACACCUCUGGCAAAUAAGGUUUGAGUUUAACCCUGUAAUGAUGACUGUGAUGGUCUAUACUUCAACCCUCCUAUGACUACCUUUUGCCAUCCAGAACUGGCUUCCUACUCCAUUUUCUACGGAUCAAACUCAGGCCUGCAAAGCAAAUGUGAAUAGCAUCACAAGAGAUAGUAAUCUUUCUGCAGCUAUAACCACAGGAGCAAACCAAGAAAUGCAGCAAAUGCAGCAUUUGCUUAUUUCUUACAUCCUAUUCUGGACUGGUACAGCUAAGAGCACAGUUUAUUAUGCUAAUUAUCAGGCAUUUCCAUUCUGUUGGGGUGUUCUUCACUCACAAUGAUCUGGAAAAGUUCCGGAUGUUCAUAUGUCACUGAGUAGCAUCAAACCAUGCUUGGAUGAGUUAUUAGUGGAGAGAGAUGGCCUAAGGUGAACCCAGAUCUAUUUCCUCCUCCUUAAAACUCUUCCCCGGUGUCAGCCUAUGACCAGCUACCAAUGAGUGGGCAAGUGGUGCGAUGAAACUGCUGUGUAUCGUGGAUAAUUUCUUGCUCCUUUCACUGUCACCUCAUCUUCCCCUCACCCCUCCUCCCUAUUUGUUUUGCUUAUCUACCUGUUGUGUCUGAUUACCAAGACUGGUAUCUCAUUGUGGCUGACCUUUUAUUGUAUGCCUGUGCAGCGCCUAGCGUAAUGAGACCUUAAUCCUUGAUUGGUUCCCCUGGAUGAUAAUAGACUAUAGAUAAUACAGGUGAUGAUAUCAUAAUACUCUGAGUGUCAUCAUCCCUGAAGCAAUGAUGUCACAGUGCAGAAGCAACCACGUCUUUAUCAAGAUUCCACAGCAGAGAAGCUCUGUGCCAAUCUACUCAGCAAGGUGCUCCUCCCAGUGGCUUUCUAGGAGUAAGUCACAAACCCACUACGGGAUUUGGGCUGAAUGUUGGGAUGGGAAAUAGUGAAGAUCCCGUAUAGGCUACACAUGCCGUUGAAUGGAAGCGGGAAAGCCCUGGUAGGGGCUAUUUGGGAUCAAGCCCAAAAAGGAGGGGUUGGGGGAAGGAUGUUUAGAAGGGAGGUAGGUCCCCUGGUGAUGUUGGCCUCGACUGGAGGGAUGAAAUGGUUCGGAUUUGGGGAUAAAUUGCUGCGUCCACCUUGUCUUGUGUUCACCCUCCUCUUGUUUCCACAGAGGAAGUGAGCUGAGCAGCACCGGCAGAGAGAAUGCUUCGUUUGAUCAGCACUAGACUGAGUGCCAGCUGGAGGAGGCAACUUUGGGCACAAGCUCUGGCUACGCCCUCCUUCAGGCUGACAUCGCCUCCAUACUAUAUAACAUAUCAAAAAGAGGGAUACUCAAGUCAAGCAAACAAGGAAUCCACAUCCUUUGUCAUGAACCUGUUCAAUGGGCAGUUUGUACCUGACAAUGUUUUUCCUUUCCCCUCAGUGCUCUCAAUGGAGCAGAUGCAGUCCCUGCAAGCCCUGGUAGAUCCCUGCACCCGCUUCUUCGAGGAGGUUAAUGAUCCUGCGGAGAACGAGAAACUGGAGAGCAUUGAGACAGCCACCCUGGAAGGGCUGAAGGAGAUGGGAGCCUUUGGGCUCCAGGUUCCUGAGGAGCUGGGGGGAAUUGGGCUGACGAACACCCAGUAUGCUCGGGUUGUGGAGGUGGUUGGAGUGCACGACCUUGGUGUGGGCAUUAGCCUCGGUGCUCAUCAGUCAAUCGGCUUUAAGGGAAUCCUGCUCUUUGGGACCCAGAGUCAGAAGGAGAAAUACCUGCCCAAACUAGCAUCUGGGGAGACCAUGGCUGCCUUCUGCCUGACAGAGCCAUCUAGUGGCUCAGACGCGGCGUCUAUUAAAACCCUCGCCGAGCUCAGCCCGUGUGGGAAAUUCUACACGCUGAACGGUGGGAAAAUAUGGAUCAGUAAUGGAGGGACAGCUGAGAUCUUCACAGUGUUCGCCAAGACCCCAGUAAAGGAGCCAACAGGGGAAGUGAAGGACAAAAUCUCAGCCUUCAUUGUGGAGAGAGCGUUCGGGGGAGUGACCAGUGGCCCCCCGGAGAAGAAGAUGGGGAUCAAGUGUUCCAAUACAGCUGAAGUGCACUUUGAUAACGUGAAGGUGCCAGCAGAAAAUCUGCUUGGGGAGCUCGGAAAAGGCUUCAUGGUCGCCGUGAGCAUAUUGAACAAUGGGCGCUUUGGGAUGGCCUCCGCCCUGGCAGGCACCAUGCGUGGAGUAAUUGUCAAAGCUGUUGAUCAUGCUGCUAAUCGUAAGCAGUUUGGAGACAAGAUCAGCAACUAUGGGGCUAUUCAGGAGAAGAUUGCACGGAUGGCCAUGCUCCACUAUGUUACAGAGUCGAUGGCCUACGUGGUGAGCGCCAACAUGGACAUGAAGGUGCCCGAUUACAAGCUUGAAGCUUCAAUCAGCAAGAUUUUUGCCUCAGAAGCAGCCUGGUACGUCACAGAUGAGUGCAUCCAGGUCCUUGGAGGAAUGGGAUACAUGAAGGAAACUGGUGUUGAAAGAGUCUUGAGGGACCUGAGGAUUUUCCGCAUUUUUGAGGGCACCAAUGAUAUCCUUCGCUUGUUUGUGGCACUGACGGGCAUUGAGUAUGCUGGGGUCCAGUUAAAGAAUCUGCGAACAACUAUCAUGAAUCCAUCAGGGAAAACUGAGACCAUCCUAAAAGACAUCGGGAUGAGAGCAAAGCGUAAAGUUGGGAUUCCCACUGGCUUGUCUCUGGAAGGAAUCGUUCACCCAGGCCUGGACAACAGUGCAUACCUGGUGACGAAGGCCAUUGACUUGUUUGGUGAAGCUGUUGAGAGCCUCCUGCUGAAGUACGGCGAGAAGGUGAUAGACCAACAGUUUCAUCUGAAACGCGUGGCCGACGCUGCCAUUGAUAUCUAUGCCAUGGCUGUGGUGAUCUCCAGGGCCAGCCGCUCUCUGUCUCUGGGACAACCCACUGCUGAGCACGAGAAGCUCUUAUGUCAAACAUGGAGCCAUGAGGCAUUUGAGCGAGUGAGAGAGAAUCUCCGAGCAGUGAAAUCUUCUACGUGGAAUCAGUCCUUUGCUGACAUGAAGCUAAUAUCUAAUGCUGUUGUACAGAACAAAGGGAUCCUAGCCACGCACCCUCUGGGCUUCUGAACAGAAAUGGUGCUUUGGUUGACAAUAAGCAACAGCUACCAAUCCUAUUAUAUAGAAAAAUAUUACAUUACACGCUGUUUGCUUCUGUCUAGCCCUGGCUGUGAGAAAACCAAUACUGUCACAGCGUCACUGUGUGCGGGCUGCAGCAAGGGGCCAUGCGUCAGUCCCGCUCUCUGAGAACCCUGAGCACGUGGACAUAAAGCCCCUUCCCUGUGGGUUGUUGGGGCAGCCUGCAUACAUACCAGCUCCCCCCUGCUCCUCCGUCCUGGUCAAGGAGAUUAAUUUGGGCCACAUGGGUUCCCGCUGAGAGCAGGUGUUAACUGACUCUUGCCUGCACCCUUCUAGCCUGCUCCGGGGGGUCCCAUUGAGGCCUUUGCUGGGGGACAGAGAAGGUCACCCCAAGGUGCUCUGAGCCAUGGCUUCUAGCGCCCCCCAUUGUGUCCCUAGUUCUCUGGGGGAAGAAGAGAGGAUCCUGGCUAAGUCAGUGCACAGACUCCUGGCCAUCUCCCCGCUCUCCUGCCUCAUCCAGCACUGAGUCAUGCUGUCGGGUGAGCCUGGGGCUGUCGUGACCUUUGGCUGAGGGUUUUACUGACCCUGGUGCAGGGGACUGUGAGCUUCUCACGGUCUUUACAUGCCAUGUGAGGUGAGCUCUGGUUUGGUAGGCUGGGAUCUCACUAAGGGGCUGACUCAGGCCCACAUCUCUGAGUCCAGGCAGGUGCCUUCUCCAGCCAGGGCUGCCUGCAGCGUAGGAUUGCACGGGCAUGCUAGCCCUGGGGGCCAGUCUCUGUGACUGUCUCUUGGGGAAACGCUGCCAGCCGCCUGCAGCUCAUGCAGAGAUUAGAUUCUGUCUGCUUGUGGGCUGAUGCAAGGGGAAAGACCAGGCAAGCAGAACUUGGCAGGGCUAGCUUAGGUCAUGUGUGGUGGAUGUGGGCCCCGGGGCUGCCAGGGGAGCUGGAAACAAAAGGGCUGGUAUUCUGGGAGCCCAUGUUCUCCAGUGUCUGGUGGCACAUCCCUGCAGCCAUCAGCCUGCAGGCCCUGGGGGCGCAGCCCGGUGACUCUGUGAGGCACACGUCACUUGGGGCAUGUGCACCGGGCUUUGCUCACAGAAGGCUGCAUGGUAUCAGCUGUGGGAACGUUGAGCACUGCUAAGAGGCUGCUGCAUUUCCAUGAUGGCUGGGACAAGCCCUGCUUCUGAUGCAUGUUGAGGGCUUGGUCCUCUUUGGCUGACGUGAGCUGUGCACCCAGCCCUAGGUGCCAGGAGUAGCUGGGGCCCUGGUGACCGAAUUCAGCAGAGCUGAUUUAGGUCAGAUAUUAA